ACUUUCACGCCUGCGCAUUGAAGAUUGUGCGCUCGUGCAAGUUUGAUCAUCAGCGAGAGGGAGACCUCGAUCUUUUGCCCCUUUUCCUGGACAAAGUUUGAAAGAAUACAGACAGUAGUGAGAUUUGCAAAUAAAUAAUAGUCUAUAUGUAGAGUGUUUAAAAACAUUGUUGUUAAAUUCACCCGAAAGACGACUGUUAUUCUGCAUAUCACUCACAGUGAACCGCGCGAGUCAGACAGUCAAGCCGCACUCACUCGGCGCUCAGUGUAUGAACUUAUGAACUGAAUUUUAUAACGUGCACAAGCUAGGUCCAGACUCCCACUCGCAAGCACAGAUAAACAUGGCAGGUGCGGGCUUGAACAGACUCUUUUCCCAGCUGGGAAAGCUUGGUAUUGGUCUUGCAGUCGUUGGUGGCGUUGUAAACACAGCUCUGUACAACGUUGAGGCUGGUCACCGGGCAGUGAUUUUUGACAGAUUUUCUGGGGUCAAGGACUACGUGAUGGGAGAGGGCACACAUUUCCUGAUCCCAUGGGUUCAGAGACCCAUCAUUUAUGACUGUCGAUCACGUCCCCGCAACAUUCCCAGCAUCACUGGAAGCAAAGAUCUCCAGAAUGUGAACAUCACCCUGCGUAUCUUGUACCGGCCAGAGGUCACCAAUCUUCCUAAGCUGUACGUCAACCUUGGGGAGGAUUACGAUGAGAGGGUGCUGCCCUCCAUCACCAACGAAGUCUUGAAAGCCAUUGUGGCCCAGUUUGAUGCCAGUGAGUUGAUCACACAGAGAGAGGUAGUCUCCCAACGCGUGAAUGCAGAACUGACGGAGAGAGGUUCCCAAUUCGGUCUGAUCCUAGAUGAUAUAUCUCUCACUCAUCUGACAUUCGGUCGGGAAUUCACAGAAGCUGUAGAGAUGAAGCAAGUGGCUCAACAGGAUGCAGAGAGGGCAAGAUUCCUGGUGGAAAAAGCGGAGCAGCAGAAGCAAGCUGCCGUCAUCACAGCCGAGGGUGACUCCCAGGCCGCUAGCCUCCUGGCUUCAGCCUUCACCAAGGCAGGCGACGCUCUGAUUGAGCUGCGAAAGCUGGAAGCUGCCGAAGACGUUGCCUUCCAGAUGUCCAGGUCUAGAAACAUCAACUAUCUCCCACCGGGCCAACAGACACUGCUAAGCCUACCUGCAAUGUAGGGCCGAGUCCAUUUGCAACUGUCGCCUGUUCGAGUUAGGCAUUCUGUUUAUAAAAAAAAUAAUGCAGCAAGAGUGUUCUUUCCAAUAUUUUUUUUUUUGGUAAUUUUAACAAAUAUUUGUUUGCAGCUUGUGUAUGUAGGUUUUUCACUGAGGGAAUUAACAGAAUGAAUGUUGCAUGUUGAAGUUUAAUUUUCUUCAGUGAUUUUGUUACUGCCAGAAAUAAAGGAAUUCAAUUUUGAGAAAGACAAAUUCUUAGUGUAAAAUUAGUGUCCCAUGAAAAUCUUGUUAACAAAUUACGUGUAGAUUUUGUUCAAUUAUCCGGGUCAGUAGACAUUACAGAUCUUUUAUAAAUCAGGACGUUUAUGAUUUCAAUGCGUCAGCCAUGACAAAUUAUUACUUUUUUCUUGGUAGUCUUUUUGUCGAAUUCAAGAUCAUAGUUUUGAAAUGUGUUUUGCCCAAUGCUUACAACGAAAGACUGACAAAAGUAGACCAGAUGGCGAUGAUUUUUCCUUUAAACACGAAGCUUGUUAAAUAGCCAAUAUUAAACCCCACAGUUACAAAUAAAGGUGUGAAUGACUAAAUAUCAAUGUUGCAAGUAUCCUUUUGAUAAACAUGUAAUAAAAGCACCAGAGUAUUGCUCAUAAUGAGAAAUGCCUGUGAAUGUUCUUACUUGAAUUUGGUCUGGAAAAUCAACAUACAGCAGCCAAAACGGCUCGUACACCCACGUAAAAAAUAAACAUUUGGUAAUAAUUGA